AUGCAAGCUUCAAGGAGUAAAAAUACAGAAAAGGCAGAACCAUUCUACAAGCUUUCAGUGCCAAAGCAGAAGACCAGUUCUGAGAUUAUAAAUGAAGCCAGAAAUUUUCUACGAACACUAAGAACUCGAAGACCAUUUACACCUACAGAAGAACAAAGGAGACUUUUUGGAUCUGGAUCCUCACGAGCUCCUCAAAAUAGACCCCCUUCAGUUUUUAGUCUUCACGCAUCCAAUUUUGAUUUGGCUGAAUCAAGACCAGUGUCUGGUGUUCGUCUUAGCCCACUGAAACAUAAAUCAGUACUAGUCACUUCAGCAAAAGAUGAAGCUUCUUCCAUUUCCUUUCCAAAACCUCUUGCUGAUGCUUCAGAGAUCAGAAAAGUCAGCAAUGCUCGGGCACGCUUAUUUGGAAGAACUUCUUGGGGAAAUUUCCUUUCUGCUAAAACAGUGCCUCCUGAUCAGAAAGAAGAGAAGCUAGAUUCUGAACAAACAGCUAUGAUGAAUAAUCUUUGCAGGAGUAAUAAUGACUGCUUAGCAGAGCAAAGGUCAUACUCACCAUGGAAUGGUGAAAGCAGACAAUUAAUUUGUAAUGAGCAUAUCAGUGAGUUGGAGAGCAGAGACUUCGUAAAAGGGACAGCAGGAAAACUUCCGUUUCAAAUGAGAGGAGAAAGAAGUGUCAACAGUGAUGGCAGAUUUGCUGAUGAAGAGCAACAGUUUCCGGGUGAGCAGAUGAAAAAGCCAGGCACAAGUCCAUCAUGGCCAAGAAGUACAGGCUGGAAGGGAAGAGAAACAGGCUUACAGGUUGAAACAGGAAUAAAUGAAUCAGAAGAGGAAGAAAUCUUUUGGCAUAUGAAAGUUCUACCAAUUCUGCAUGAACUGGAAAAAGAAGACAAUGUAGAAAAUCUUUGUCUGGCUUGCACCAAGCUCUAUCAAGCCCUGAAUGAAGAAAAUAUGCUUGGAAAAAGAUUUAAAAGAAGAAGUGUGCUUCUAAAGAUAUUAUAUAAACUUGUAGACAUUGAUUCAGACCCACUUUGCCUAAAGCUGACAAAGAUUAUUCUGUCUAUGAAAGUGGAUGGAAGAAAUCUUCUCAGUGUUUGCAAGCUUGCAUUUAAAAUUUGCAGGAAUGAAAAAAAUGAUUACAUCAUUCAAAAUGAGGGUUUAUUUGAUUGUUUGUUGGAGGUCCUAAGAACUGAAGAUCUACAAAAAAAUAAUGAAGCUCUCUUAUAUUGCAUGGGAGCUAUAAAAUUCAUGUCUGGAAAUGCAGUACUCCUUAAUGAAAUGGUGAAAAAAGGAGCUGUUGAAAUGUUGCUGCAAUUACUGAAGCAGAUUAAUAAUGUAAAAGAAAAUGACACAUAUUUCUCCAACUUGGGGCACCUAUUAGUCCAGCUGACAGCUACCUUGAGAAACUUGGCUGACUUGGCUCCGGCGAGACGCCAGCUCAUUCGCAGUGGUGCAGUCUCUGAGCUCUGCGUGGCGCUAGAGCAGCGCAUGAGGGAUAAGGAUGUGUGCACCUAUGUUGUCAGGAUAUUCAGCAAACUUUCUUCCUACAAUGAGUUCUGCACAGCUUUAGCAGACUGCUCCAGAUGUUACAUCUUAUUUUUAGCCCUACUAAACAAACACCAGAAACAGCAGGAUUUGGUUAUCCGUAUUCUUUUCAUUCUUGGUAAUUUAACAGCAAAGAAUGACCAGGCCCGUGAGCAAUUUUUUCAAGAAAAAGGAAGCAUGAACACCUUGAAGUCAUUAUUCCAAACCUACCAUGAACUCGAUUUGAAUGCACAGAAAUGGCACAAAGAAAGAGGACGAGAAAGAAAAAAACACCCAAAGCAUCCUUCAGAAGCAGAAGAUGUUCUGAUAAAACUGAUAAGAGUGCUGGCCAAUCUCUCCGUUCACCCCAGCAUAGGAGCAGCUCUGGCAGCUGCCCAUCAUGUUGUAGAUUUGCUUGUUACUGUACUAGAAUACAAGUCAGUUGAUGAGUGUGAGGAGCUGGUCAUCAAUGCUGCAACAACAAUCAACAAUUUAUCCUACUACAAAGUGAAGAGUUCUGCUGUUCAAGACAAAAAGCUACGCAUUGCUGAAAUGCUUUUAAAGCUGUUAAUGAGCAGCAGUAUGGAUGGAGUUGUGGAGGCUGUCAGAGCAUUUGGCAAUCUUUCCCAGUAUCAUGAGAUCUGUGACUUCAUCAUACAGAAAAAGAUACACAAGUUCAUGAUUGCUUUGCUUGAUGCCAAAAACCAAGAUGUCUGUUUUUCUGCCUGUGGAGUUCUGCUCAAUCUCACAGUAGAUAAGAACAAACGAGCAUUUCUGACGGAGGAAGGAGGAAUUGGAAAGUUAAUUGACUGUUUACAAGACUUUGGGCCAUCAGACUGGCAGCUGGCUUGUUUGAUAUGCAAAACCCUGUGGAACUACAGUGAAAACGUCACAAGUCCGGCCUCAUGCUUUGGAGAAGAUACCGAGACGUUGCUGUUGCUGCUCUCAUCACUCUUGGAUGCAGAACCAGCGCUGGAUUACAGCCUCGACAGAGAUGUACGGGACUACCACAAGCUAUAUUGGGAAAGGGAGUUCAAGCCUGUGGCAGAAAAACUUCUUGAGAGAAUUCAAAACCAUCACUUCUUCCAGCUGUGA